AUGGAAAUGUUGAGAAAGAUAUAUUAUUUAGUCUUAUUUUUAUUGUUAUGUAUGAACGUAAACUCUGCAGGUAGGUGUGUUUUUUAAUAGACGAGGUAUCAGUUCACAUUUUUAUUCCGUUAGUUCUAGACUCAUUUUAACGUAAAUUCAACGUUAGCUCUAAACUAAUUUCAAAAAGUCCUUUUCUCAUCACUUAGCCUAACAUUGAUACCAUCGAGAUUACCGCGAUCCAGUGAUUAGAAUGCUUUUCAUUGUUUUGAAAAUCCCAAAGCAUUCUUAAUUGUUUUGUUUUAAUUUGAUUAUUUUGCCAAACAUCUAUUACUUGCCCAGUGUGAGACGGUAAAUUAGCUCGAAUAUACAAAUUUGUGGGACGUAAACUCUCAGUUUAUCCUUCGCAGUCUUUUUCAGACUUUCAUUGACAACAUCAAAGUUCUAUACGAUAUUACGAUUGGUAUUAUGGCUUCUUCCCUGUAUUUGAAUUUAACGUUAGCGAUUUUUUUAUCAGUCAAUUGGGCUUGCUAUUGCAAAGUUUCAGAUCUUAUCGUAUAGGUGGUGUGCAAGUUACGUCACCGUCGCCAUGUUGGAUGACAUUGACAAAGGAUUUUGCUUGUUUGCAAUGCAAAUAUCAGAUCCAACAUGGCGAAAAUCUCUUUGUCCUUUGAAUCCCAUGGGAGUGGUUGCACAUCACCCAAUUAUUCACAUCACUUCAUUUUCAUUUUGUUUUAUUCUUUCUGUUUAGCUGUAUUGAACGCAAAACCUGCAGUAGCGUGUGGGGUAAAGCCGGAAACUGUCUACUCCACCAAGAGAAUAGUAGGUGGGGAAGAAACGGUAGCUGGAGAAUGGCCGUGGAUGACUGCGUUGUUUCAUAGUCAAGGAAAUGCAAACCAGCCACCUUACUUCAAAUGUGGGGCAACCUUGCUGUCUGAUAAAUGGAUAGCGACUGCUGCUCAUUGUACUCUAGCUUUGCCUCAGAUAUUUUCUGUAAGUUAUGCAGACUUACAUACUUACAAACUUUACAAAAACGUUGUGCCCUUCUUUAAAAAUAUGCCCUUCGAUAACAAAUCGCACCCCUUUGCUCUCAGGAACUUCCGGCAUCCCUAGGGGCCCAGAGGUGGCCCGGGAUUCUGCUGUAAGGACAGGUUUGAGCUCUGUUGUAUAUCUCAUGUAGGUAAGGCUGGGUGAACACGAUUUAAAUGUGAAAGAUGAAUACGAACAAGACAUUCCUGUAAAGACAGUGAAAACUCAUCCUGCAUUUGGUAUUGGAGCUAAGAACCUGAGUACAGGAAAGAUCGCGCUUUAUGCUGAACAUGACAUUGCGUUGAUGGAACUUAGUAGACCAGCAAGGAUUGAUGCAAGAACUUCUCCUGUCUGUGUUGAUCCAGGUUUACCUGACUUCAGUGAAGGUGAGGAUUACACACACAGUCUAUGUCGUAGUCUAAGGACUGCAGGCUGCUCAAUGAUGUCAUCGUUAAGAUGCAUAAGAAGUUGAUUCACGAUUCCAUUAGGAUUAUCUACAGUUAAAUAUGUAUGGUGAAUAAAUAAAUGACACCAUUGACUGGUAUAUUAUUGCAUUGAAUUAAUAGUCACAUUCUUGGGGGGUGGAAAAUGAUUGUUGAAUAAUGGAUUUUGAAGUAGUGUGAAUAUUGAUGGUGUGAAUAUGAAUAUUCGAAACAAAAAUUAACAAAAAUCAAUCUCCGUUCCCAGAAUAUAUCCGUUCGCAGAUUAUAGGUGCAUGCCCAGCACCUAACCUGCGAGAGCAUGCCCAUACUCUGGGAACAAAAAUUCGGAAUGAAUACCUCCCCCGUCACAGUUUUUUAGAGGUAGGAAUACUAAAUAAUAUUUAACGCAAAGCAUUCCUUUUCCACCCUCGAACAUUCAUAUGCGGAUUUCCAGGAAUGUGUGAAUAAUCUUCAAAUAUAUGCAGACUACAGUGUGUCCAGUAUGUGGCAAACAAAACUAAUUCUUACUCUGUUUCAGGCAAAAGUUGUUAUAUAGCAGGAUGGGGCAACACGAAACUUCACACAGCCACAGAGCCUAAGUUACUUCAUGUUAGCGUACCGUUAGUGUCCAAAGAAAAAUGUAACCAAAUCAAGUCGUAUGGUGGUGUUAUUACUGAUAAUAUGGUGUGUGCUGGGUUUGAACAGGGGGGCAAGGACACAUGCGAGGGAGAUAGCGGAGGUAUAUACAUCAUGUAAUAUUCUUUAUUCUCAUUCUUAUUCUUUAUUGAAGUUUAUGCAUGUAUGAAAUCAACUGGAUUUUGUAUCAGAUAUACAAGUUCCUCCAUGCGGUUCAUGAACUUAUUUACUUGCUACAAGCUAUAUUUUCGUGUGUAAUCAACGGAUAUUACUACCAAAACUCUUACUAAUAGCACAGUGUAUAAAUCAAUGACUCUUUCCCGCUCUAGGUCCAUUGUUAUGUGAGAAAGAUGGCAAAUGGUACUUGCAUGGUAUUUCAUCGUUUGGACACGACGCAUGCGCAAUAGCAUAUAAAUAUGGAGUAUAUACGCGAGUGUCGCAGUUUAAAAAAUGGGUGAAAAAGGUUACAGGGAUUGACUGUUAA